UGUACACAGCUAUCUGUCUUCAUCAAUUGCAAUAUGGCACAGAACGGAACUAUAGAAAAUGGACUUUCUCAAGGGGACGUUUUCCCUUUUCCUCAGCCAAUGAAAGUGCCAGAGGUGAAACAUACACAGAUUUUUAUCAACAAUGAAUGGCACAACUCAGUUAAUGGAAAGAAAAUUCAGACAGUUAACCCGGCAACAGGUGUGAAAAUCUGCGACGUUGAGGAGGCAGAUGAGGCGGAUGUAGAUAAAGCAGUGGAGGCUGCUAAGGCUGCCUGCCAGAGGGGAUCACCAUGGCGUACCUUGGAUGUUUCCAGCCGGGGGAGACUUCUGCACAAAUUGGCCGACUUGAUGGAGAGAGACCGGGUCCUGCUCGCAACCCUUGAAGCAAUGGAUACUGGUAAACCCUUCCUACAUGCCUUUUUCGUUGAUCUCGACGGGAGCAUCAAGACUCUGAGAUACUAUGCGGGCUGGUCAGAUAAGAUCCAUGGCAAAUCGCUACCAGUGGAUGAAAAUUUUGUGUGUUUCACCAAACAUGAGCCUGUCGGCGUUUGCGGAGCAAUCAUUCCUUGGAAUUUCCCCCUGUUGAUGUUCACGUGGAAGAUUGCACCUGCACUGUGUUGUGGCAACACUGUGGUCAUCAAGCCGGCCGAGCAGACCCCUCUCACAGCUCUCCACAUGGGGGCACUGAUCAAGGAGGCCGGCUUUCCCCCCGGAGUCGUGAACAUCCUACCCGGGUAUGGCCCCACAGCUGGCGCUGCCAUCGCCAGCCACAUGGGCAUCGACAAAGUGGCGUUCACCGGCUCCACAGAAGUGGGCCAGUUGAUCAAAGAAGCCGCCGCAAAGAGCAAUCUGAAAAGAGUGACCCUGGAGCUGGGAGGGAAAAACCCCUGCAUUGUCUUUGCCGAUUCAGACUUGCAGCUGGCCGUGGAGGAGGCCCAGAAGGGAGCCUUCUUCAAUCAGGGUCAGGCCUGCACGGCCGCCUCGCGCGUCUUCGUGGAGGACAAGGUGUACGACGAGUUUGUGCGCCUCAGCGUGGAGGCGGCGAAGAGGAUAGUGUCCGGCGACCCCAUGGAUCCGCUCACGACGCACGGGCCACAGAUUGACCAGAAGCAGUUUGAUAAGAUCGUGGAGCUGAUUGAGAGCGGGAAGCGGGAGGGCGCUACCGUGGAGUGUGGAGGGCAGGCGGCGGAGGGCAAAGGCCUCUACAUCCAGCCCACCAUCUUCUCCGGGGUCAAAGAUCACAUGCGCAUCGCCAAAGAAGAGAUUUUUGGCCCCGUACUGUGCAUCCUGAGGUUUAAGAGCCAGGAGGAAGUGAUCACGAGGGCCAACAACACACAUUACGGCCUGGCAGCGGCCGUCUUCACACGGAGCGUGGACCGGGCGCUCAGCGUCUCGUCUGCGCUGCAGGCCGGAACCGUCUGGGUGAACUGCUACAAUGCUCUCCAUGCUCAGGCUCCGUUCGGAGGCUACAAAAUGUCCGGAAAUGGACGAGAGCUCGGUGAGUAUGCUCUGGCUGAGUACUCUGAAGUGAAAGCAGUCACCAUCAAACUCAUGGAGAAGCUGUGAGAAAGUAAAAGGGCCGGACUACAUUUCCCUCAACCCCAGCAAGAAAACCAGCACUUCCUCUGACAACCACCAUCAACUAGCCCCGAGAGUACGGCUUGGUCCGAACGUUUAAGGCACACAGUCUCCGGAGCCCAUGGCUCUGCGCCACGACUAUGGAGCCUUUCCUCAUAAGCAACGCUUUCUUUACCUCUGCAAGCUACAUGUCUGUCCUCUUUUAUCUUUGUAGAUGUUAUGUACAAAUGUAAAUGUAUUUUUUGCUUUAUUUUAAAAAAAAAAUCAUUGGAUCUUAAAUUGCCGUCUUUUUUAAACACUAGUGUUAAACUAUCUCCCCUACAGUGAAUGGACUGUGGACAGUAAUGUCUUAAAGGAAAAGAAAUUAUGUGUAUGUCUUAAAUGAUAUUGUUUGAUUGAGCCACAUUGAAUGAUACUAUGUUGUAUCAAAUGUUAAACAUAAUUAGAGGUCUCCCAGGCAAUUGUGUUUUUAUUCUAUACUGCCAAGUAGCCUAAGAUGCAUUUUGGACAUUUACAUUCAAUGUACAGUUUUUACUUUGAGUUGGAAACCAGUUUCAAUAAUUCUCUUUUAAUUAUUGUCUUUGUACCACAGCUCUAAGUAGUGUGGUGACAUUUGUUGAAGCUUUAAUUCAGAUUAAAGGCAGGAAAUUGAUCAGGUUUAUGGAAAAUUGGUACUGGUACGUCAAAUAUAAUGUGAAACUUCAUGGGAUGUCAUGAUGUCAUCGGUGUAUUUUAAUAGCUUGACAAUUUGCUGUACAUUCAGCAAAUCUUAUGGAACCAAGUGAAAGUACUUUUGCUCUUUGCAGAAUGUUUGUUAAAUUGUUUUACCUGCAGAGAAUGUAAUGUAACUAUUACAACCCAAAUGGCAACCUUUUUCAUAAUUCUUUGAUUAGUCAUUAACUUUUUUUUUGUAAAACCUUUAAAAUCUA